CAGGAUACGCUCGCCUACUCAGGUCUACAGCUACACCGGUCAGCAGUUGGCGGCUGUCACUCGCUCCGGGAACCAGGAUGCUCGUCGUCGCCGCAGCAAAGCUGCCUCUUCUCGCCUCCCAGUCUCCUCGGCGAGAUCCGCCGCGGUCACCGAAAGCGCUCGCCGCCAUACUGCGCUCGCGCGUCAUCGCCUGCCUUCGCGCGCAAGAUGGCGAGACGGCGAUGCAGGCGGUCCACGCGGCCGUUCGCGGCGGCGUCUCCGUGCUAGAAAUUGUGAUGUCCACUCCUGGAGUGCUAGAGGCUGUUGAGGAUCUUCGCAGGAUUUACCCUUCCUUGACAUUUGGGGUUGGUACGGUCCUCAAUGCUGAUGAUGCAAGGAAAGCCAUUAGAGCUGGUGCACAGUUUCUCAUGAGCCCUGGCACAGUCAUGGAAAUACUUCAUGAUCUUGAUGGAAGUGAAGUUCUGUAUAUCCCAGGAGUGCUGACACCAACUGAGGUUAUAUAUGCUUUCAAUGCUGGUGCUAAAGUCGUUAAGGUGUACCCAGCUUCGGUGAUGGGUGGAGAGAUGUACAUGUCUGCUCUAAAGAAACCAUUUCCUCUUGUACCAAUGGUUGCUUCGCAAGGAAUUACCAUAGGUUCAAUCAAGUCGUACAUGGACGCAGGGGCAUCUGCAGUGGUGCUGUCCGAUGCUAUCUUCGACAAAGAGUUGAUGAGAGAAAGGAAUUUCAUUGGAAUUGCAGCGCUCGCAAAUCAGGCCACUUUGCAGGCAUCACAGUGUGGAAGAUGAGGCAAAACCAAAAACUUAGUGUGCAAGCAUUGCAGUUCAGAAAACGGGACAAAGUGCUUGCCUAAUACUGCUUGGCUUGGGAUUAACAAUACCAUCCACUUACAUUCCCUGCUCUGCAUGAGAAGAGGAAGAAGCCAGUUCUGUUUCCCUGGUACUGAAGCCCCCCCGGCAAGGUCUGUACAGUCGGCUCGCUACGGUUGCCGCCCCAGCCCUGCCGACAGAUGGCUAGUUAACAUAGGAAAUUAAUCCGAACUCAUUUAACUGCUGCUAUUAUUCCAUGAGUCCACAUUCAUUGACUCUCAACUUUUGUUAUGGCUAAUUGGCUAGUGCCGAGCUCCACUCUGACCAACACUACAUGCAUCCUGAAGAAACUCUGAACCUGACGCA